AUGUAUUGGGUGUUCCUGGGAUUGCUUAGCUCCGCCAUUGCGGCGCAGAAUUCUUACGACUUAGAAACCAGGGCUGUCUCGUUUCCCGGGAAGCCAAGUAGCUUAGGACCACUUUACUCGGCCGGCUUGAGCUCGGCCCAGGGAUUCCGUGAUAGCAGUUACGAGGACAAUGCAGUGACGCCCACGCCGUCGCCGACGCCAAUUUACAGGAGUCAACAACCGUUGUAUCGCAAGCCAACGGCGGCGCCGAUAGACAAUCGCGAUUACACUCAGGCCAUCCGCGUGGUCAGUUCUCCGUCGCGCGCCUCCGCUCGGGGUGGCCAGCCCCAGCAAUUCGGUCCCGGUGGGCCCACCCAGGAGGAACUCGAGGAGGAGAAGGAGGAGCCCGAUCGUCUCAGCCUUCUUCUACCCCAAAGCAGAUUCGACUGCGUCGACAAGCAGACCGGCUACUACGCUGACGAGGACCUCAACUGCGAGGUCUUCCACUACUGUCAAGACAACGCCAAGCACUCGUGGAUCUGUCCCGAAGGCUUCACUUUCCAUCAAGUGCAUCUAAUCUGCAUGCCACCCAGCGGCGACAUCAGCUGUAAGAAGAGCUCGCAGUACCACUUCGUCAAUGAGUAUUUGUACAAGCCGCUGAAUCUCCAAGAAGCCGAGACCAAGCCCAAUGUCACUUUGAGAUACAGCGAGAGGUAUUAUCCCUCGGACAUUUACGCGGACGAAAGGGAGGUCGGUGAUUAUCAGAUCACCCCUACGCCCGCCCCGGUGCGUCGUCCUGCCCCGCAGGUCCUUGUGAGUCCACAGCCAAGUUUGAACAGCAUCCCCACGUCGGCCCGUCCGCAGCCUACAGGACUCCCGCAGUUUCGUUUCCCGAUAAACCAGGUAUUCCGCAGCCCCGAGGAAGUCAAUAUACCCCUUCAGCACAGACGGCCGCAGCAGCAGCAGCAACAGCACCACCACCAGGUUCUCAGACGGUUCCCUCAAGUUCAAGUCCGACCCGAUGAAGAGGACUACGAAUAGAUCCUUAGGUCCACGAAUUUUUCAGUUUACUCAAAUUAUUCCGUCCCUCUAACUUUCUAUAAAUCCGGUGAAUCAGUAAUCUUUUUUUUUUUUAAUAGGCAGUCCUCAAUUUAAUACUCGUUUUGCGAAAGUCGUCGUAUUCGACACGCCUGAUAAUUUUUUUUCGUUGAAUCAUUAGUGACUUUUUGUACUGUUAUAUUUUUAUAUAUAAGAACAUAUAAAUAAAAAAAAUAUAUAUAUAUAACGAGAAAAACUAACUGCAAAAGGGACGAUUUUCUAACGUGUUCAUUUAAAAGUGUAUUAAUAUUCAUUUUUAUAUAGUGACAAAAUUUGUUAAAAACUCUUUAUCCUGCAAAUUCUCAUUCUGUAAAAUUUUUCCAGCAACGUCUAUAAGCGUUCAAUAAGAGUUAGUGCUAAGAGACAAGAAUAAAUCUUGUUAAAUUAACGAUGCGCCAACAAUUAGCAUGUGUCCUUUUUUUCUAAUUAAUUAAUGUCUACAUAAGGCUGAUGCAAAGGUAAUUUAAUUCGCGAUGCAAUUACUGUGAAAGUAAUUUAAUUAUUGUAAAUAAAUCAUCAGUAAUAAUAAUUAUAUAAACGAUAUGCUAAAAUUUGCCUCUAUUUAUAGUGUAAACUGACUUUAAGAAUUUUCAUCAAGAGAGAGGAUGACCAAUAAAUUGUUAUGACGUUA